AUGGCAAGCCAAGAUGUUGCAAAUGUUCCUAACAUUACCACCGAUCAAUCAGCUCUUCUUGCCUUAAAAGCUAGUAUUUCUUAUAAUCCUCAUAAUGUUUUGACAAACAACUGGUCUACUGGCACCUCUGUUUGUAAUUGGAUUGGUAUCACUUGUGGUUUUCGCCAUCAUCGAGUCACAGCCUUGAACCUUUCUUACAUGGGUCUCCUAGGCACCAUUCCUCCACACAUAGGGAACCUUUCAUUUCUUGUUAGCCUGAGUAUAAAAAACAACAACUUUCAUGGAUCUGUGCCCAAUGAGUUGGCACAUCUUUUUCGGUUGCGUCACUUAUCUUUUAAGUUCAACGACUUCGGUGGAGAAAUCCCAUCAUGGAUGGGGCUGUUAUCCAAACUUAAAUUUUUGUCUCUUGCUGGUAAAAGUUUUACAAGCGGAAUUGCACCAUCUCUAUGUAACAUAUCUUCAUUGGAGAUAAUAAGUUUUGGAUAUAACAAACUUUCGGGCUCCAUUUCUAUUUUCAAGUGCAAACGAUUGAAAUAUUUAUAUUUAGCUUAUAACUAUUUCACUGAAAGCGUACCUUCAGAAAUUGGAAACUUAAUCAUGCUCACAGAGUUAUACUUUCACAACAACAACUUUAAAGUAUCUUUCAAAUGA